UUUUUCUCGGAAGUCUAUGCUAAUGAGUGGGGUGAUACUGUACCCCAUGAUACCUUGAGACUCCUAUAUAAAUACGUUCCUGCACGUAGCAUUCAGUACACGGACUUCUAUAACUGCCUCCAGACAGGAAGUCUUUUUCGUUGCUGUUUUCCUGAGGUUCUGCAGAAGCGACAGUUCGAUGACAUCGAAGGCAACACUUACCGCGUGCCUUGCACUGCUGUUGGCGGCCGUUGCACAAUGUGCAGUUUCAUCGUCACGUCUCCAAGACGACAGAGAAGAGCAGGCGGUCGCGGCAGAUGUGGUGGAGGACGUCUCUGAGGAGAAAACCAAAGAAAUCGGCGUGCUGGCACAAAGAACGGGAUUCGUGCUGAGCCGGCAAGGAACUGACUUGGAACAACUUGCGCAGGAGGAGGAAGCCACAUACGCAAUCCCGAAAAAAGUAAAAGGCGCUUUCAAGAAGGCAUUGUCUACGGUGGCAAAGAUAAUCAUAAAGGAGGCUGUAAAAGGCACAGGGAAGAAGCUUGCAGAGCAUUUGGAAUCACGGUCCCGCAGUGAAGAAAACCCCAGCGACAAGAACACCACCAGCAAUGGCGAAUAGAUUCUUGACGGUGUUGCUCUGGACGAAACGCUCACUGAAACCGAACAGGAAUUCAACUGCACUAUUGUUGAAGUUUUCAGGAUAGAAUAACGCGUGGUUUUGGCGUAACAGAUUAUAGUAAAACAUAUAUUAUGUAGAUAUAUGCAUAGUUUUUUUUAAAUGUAAUAUAUACGUGUAGUAAAGAGGAAAGAAAGAA